CGAGCGGCACAGGAAGCCGAAUAGUUGUUGCGACUGCGGCGAAAAGGGCAGCUGGGUGUGUUUUUGCACGGGCGGCGGAGCGCCGACCAUGACUGAAACAACGACGUCCCUUUGACAUUCGCGGUCUGUCUGUCAGUCAGUCAGUGUCGCGGCGCCACCGGGGUCAUGGACUGUAGCGACAUUAAGGAUGUGAAGCUCUCGGCAGAGGUGGAGCCCUUCAUCCCGCAGAAGAAAGGCCCCGAGGGCUCGGCCCUGGUGGGGAUCGGUCUGCCUGUGGAAGCGGCGGUGGGGCCGGGCAGUGGGGCCGAAGCCACCCCCAUUCCCAGCUAUCUCAUCACCUGCUACCCAUUUGUCCAGGAGAGCCAGCCUAACAGGCAACUCCCUGUGUAUAAUGGGGACUUGCGGUGGCAUGCGGCGGCCCCCACCCCGAAUGGGCCGUACCUGGCCUACCCCAUCUUGUCCUCGCCCCAGCCUCCCGUGUCUGACUACGCCUAUUACCAGAUCUUGCCUGCCCCCUGUCCCCCCGUCAUGGGCUUCUACCAGCAGUUCGCUGGCCCGUACGGUGCCCCCGCGCAGCCCGGGAUGGUGGGCACACUCUCCGCUGACCUUGGAGAACGGUCCCCGGGUCCAGGGCAGGUAUUUGGAACCCUGGCCCACAGAGGGAGGGGUGUCGUCCGGAGCCCUGCACCGCUCAAGCUGGUUCCUCAGGCAGGCAGGGCUAAGAGACCCCCCAUGCGGAGCGUGGCAGUCCAGAAGGAGGUCAGUUCCUCUGGCCCCGAUGGCAGGUCCAAGACGGUGGUGCUGGUGGAUGCGGCCCAGCAGACAGACUUCCCGGGAGAUGUUUCCGGAAAGCCCGUGAUGGAGAGGGCCAGCCCGCUGGCGUGGAAGAACCGGGCACGGCGACGACGGCCCUCCCACCCGGCGGAGUCGUCCAGCGAGCAUGGGGCCAGCGAGGCCGACAUCGACAGUGACAGCGGCUACUGCAGUCCCAAGCACAACCAGGCCUGCGGCACCACCCUGCGCACCUCGGAUCCCUCGGCUACUACGGCUGGUGAAUCUAGAGCAGCAACAGCCGCAAGUUGGGUCAAUGUUGCCUCCCAGGCCACUCAGAAGUCCUGGGGUGAGAGAAGCUCCUCCUUUUAUCAAACGGGAGCAGCAGCAUCUCAGAGGAGCUACAUGCAGACCGAGCUCCCGACAGGCUUCCGUGGACGUGGCAGCACCUCCUCAGAUAGGGGUGGCCCCCAGCAGAGGAGGCUGCAGGAGGGCACCGUGCAGGCCGGUACUCAGCUUACCACAGAACCACUUUAUUUUGAGGAUGAAGAGGAGUUUCCUGAGCUUGUUUCCGGUGGAAGCGGAGGGUCUGUGUCACGAAAUAAACUGGAGCAAGUCCAGGCCAAGAUCCCCAAAAACCUGCUGGAGAACCUGCCGGAGAACUCGCCCAUCAACAUCGUGCAAACGCCGAUCCCCAUCACCACGUCCGUCCCCAAGAGGGCCAAGAGCCAGAGGAAGAAAGCACUGGCAGCUGCCCUGGCCACAGCCCAGGAAUACUCCGAGAUCAGCAUGGAGCAGAAGAAGCUGCAGGAGGCCCUGACCAAGGCAGCAGGGAAGAAGAGCAAGACCCCGGUGCAGCUGGACCUGGGCGAUAUGCUGGCGGCUCUGGAGCGGCAGCAGCAGGCCAUGAAAGCGCGGCAGCUGACCAACACCAAGCCCCUCUCCUACACAGUUGGCACAACAGCUCUGUAUCAUACCAAGGAGUCAGGGAGGAUGGGGUCAGGACAGAAGAGCCAGUCGCACCUCGGACCCCACAACAGCCUGGACUCCACUGCUCCAAGGGUGAAGAGGGGCAAGGAAAGGGAGGUGCUCAAGGUGAAGAGACCUACAGCUCUGAAAAAGAUCAUUUUGAAAGAGAGGGAGGUGAAGAAAGGCAAGUAUUCCCUGGAUCCCACUGCGCUGAGAGCGGACGAGCAGGUGGACGACGAGCUGAUUUUUACAGAUGACCCCUCCCGAGAAGUAGUGUCCCAAGACGAGAAUGGUCUGAGCGUGCCCAGUGACACCUCGCUGUCGCCGGCCAGUCAGAACUCCCCGUACAGCAUCACGCCCGUCUCCCAGGGUUCCCCCGCCAGCUCCGGGAUCGGGAGCCCCAUGGCCACCUCUGCCAUCACCAAAAUCCACAGCCGCAGAUUCCGAGAGUACUGUAACCAGGUGCUGAAUAAGGAGAUUGACGAGAGCGCCACCUUGCUGCUGCAAGAGCUGGUGCGCUUCCAGGAGCGCGUCUAUCAGCGGGACCCCGGGAAGGCUAAAGCCAAGCGCCGGCUGGUCAUGGGGUUACGCGAGGUGACCAAGCACAUGAAGCUCCUGAAAAUCAAGUGCGUAAUCAUCUCCCCCAACUGCGAGAAGAUUCAGUCCAAAGGGGGUCUGGAUGAAGCCCUUUACAAUGUCAUCGCCAUGGCCCGCGAACAGGAAAUCCCCUUCGUGUUCGCUUUGGGCCGUAAGGCACUCGGCCGCUGCGUCAACAAACUGGUGCCGGUCAGUGUGGUGGGAAUCUUCAACUACUCCGGGGCAGAGGAACUCUUCAACAGGCUGGUGUCUCUAACGGAAGAAGCCAGGAAGGCCUACAAAGAUAUGGUGUCCGCGUUGGAGCAGGAGCAGGCUGAGGAGGCCCUGAAGAACGUCAAGAAGGUUCCUCACCACAUGGGACACUCCAGAAACCCUUCCGCCGCCAGUGCCAUCUCCUUCUGCAGCGUAAUCUCGGAACCCAUAUCCGAAGUCAACGAGAAGGAAUAUGAAACCAACUGGAGGAACAUGGUAGAGAACUCAGAUGGCCUAGAGGCAGCAGAGAGUGACAGGGAGCCAAGCAGCAGGGUGACUUCUGUUGGGGGCGAGGCGAGAGCCGUGCCCCAAAAGAGCAUUCCUCAUGUGGCCCCUAUGCCGCCAGCUCCUCCUGGGGCGGCGCAGGCCCUGGGGAGAGCUGGGGCCUGUCUGGAUCGGGAGGAGGCUAAGACGGACGACAGGCUGGAGUGGGCAUCCCAGCAGAGCACGGAGACUGGUUCACUGGACGGCAGCUGCAGAGACCUGCUCAACUCCUCCAUCACCAGCACCACCAGCACGCUGGUACCCGGCAUGCUAGAGGAAGGUGAGGAGGAAGAGGAUGAUGAAGAUGAAGAAGAGGACUACGUCCCCGAACCCAUCUCUGUAGAAGUCCCACCCCUUAGUAGCCGGAUUGAGUCCUGGGUCUCGGAGACCUUGGAAAACCUGCAGCUGGGUAAGAGCAGGGAUAACGUAGACGAUGAGGUGGAGGAGGAGGAAGAAGAAGAAGGGGGUGGGCACAGUGAGGACGACGAGCUGCCUGAGCCAGGAUUGGACCACAAAGACCCAGCAGCGGAGCCUAAAAGCAUCGCAUGUUAAUUGGCCUGUCACCCCCGAGCUCCUUCCAACUAUCCCAGCAACCAACCAGCAACUGGCUUCCACACAGCGCAAGUGGAGCAAUGUAUGUGCUGCCAGAGGACGACUGGAAACUCAGGAAUCCCACCCUGUCCAGCUCGCUUGCAGGACGGACACCGGUGCCCCUAUAGACCACACUCUCCGUUAUACUUAACAUUUCCGUCUUAAGUUAUUUCCAGAAUGCCAUUCCAUUGAGGACCAUCUUCUGUACAAACAAUGCAGAGAAUUUCAAAUAACUUCACCUUUUUUCCUUUGAUUUCUAAAACAGAACCCAGAGCUGGGAAUUUACAGAAGUAUGUUUAGAAUUGUUCCAUAUGAAUAUGAACAAAAGAUUCUUGUUUAGGUUUUUGCGGUAGUUUGUAACAUCAUACAAAGUUCUCUACUCUCAGUUGCAGGUAAACCUGCAGUCCUCCCGUGUGGUUAGGAGAGAGAGUGAACGCUGCCUUUUUCAUGCCCAGAAUCAUGUUAGAAUGGGUUCUGCUCAAGCAGUGCAGAUUUGCGUUUGUCCAGGGUUUUCUGUUUUACGGUUGCUAAGCAGAGGUACUUUUCAAAGCAUUGGAAAUUAAUCCUCUCAAAUCUGGAAAGGUCUUUAUGCCACUUUUUUGGUGCUCUAAGAUUUAAAAAGCUGAAAUUACAGAACAAAUCUUAUUUUUUCUAAUUUCUUCUGAAUGUGUAUAUGUGACGUGAAUAUCCUUUUUAAUCUAUAAUUUUUGUGUUGCUUAGAUCAAGCUUACGGGAGGGGUGUUGUCUAAUGCAGUGUUUGUAAUUAGGUUAAUUAAUGUGUGUAUGUGUUUAUAUAAUCUUGGUACUCAUGGCUGAGUCCUACAUGGCAGUUUUAGCAGUAAAUUUCUGUAAAUUUGCCAUGAAUACCAGGUCUAAUUACAAUUUAUAUUUCCUUUUUCUGGUUAGUUCAAGCUGUCGGGUGAAAACUAAAAGACCUUUUGAAUCUGAGAGACUCCACACCUCCCUCAGUCCGCUUUUGUCUGACUGCCAGGUGGGCACUGAGGUGGGCACUGAGGUGGGCACUGAGGUGGGCACUGAGGUGGGCACUCACAGGCCAUGUGUGGUCACAUCUGUCACGUUUCUCUUUGGUCACCGUCAAUCUGGGGAGGUCUCCUUUACCCAGGUCCCCCUCCCUCCUUUCGGUUUCUUCAGUUCAGUGUUGCUCUUGCCUACUUUGUUCUUUUAGUGACUGCCCACCCCCC